AUGCCAGUUACCAUAAGAAGAGCUACCAUCGACGAUAUUAUCUGUAUGCAAAAUGCUAAUCUGCAUAAUUUGCCUGAAAACUACAUGUUAAAGUACUACAUGUACCACAUUCUAUCGUGGCCAGAGGGUUCAUUCGUAGCAACCACAAGAGAUGUUGAUGAACCUCAAAUGGAUCAAUUAAGUUUAGAAGAUGGCAAAGGUCAAGAGACUAAAUUAGACCCCAACUAUUUGGCACCAGGUGAAAAAUUAGUAGGUUACGUUUUGGCAAAGAUGAACGACGACCCUGAUCAACAAGAUCAAGCACCAAACGGACAUAUCACGUCUUUAAGUGUCAUGAGAACUUACAGAAGAAUGGGAAUUGCUGAAAAGUUGAUGAGACAAGCUCUUUUCGCCUUAAGAGAAGUGUACGGCGCUCAAUUCGUCUCUUUACAUGUCAGACAAUCUAAUAGAGCAGCUCUGCAUCUAUACGCUGAUACCUUAGAAUUCGAAGUGCUGAGCGUUGAAAAAUCCUAUUAUCAAGACGGUGAAGACGCUUACGCUAUGAAGAAAGUCCUGAAACUUGAUGAAUUACACCCAAAGAACUUUGCCAAUCGUAAGAUGGCUGAGAAAUUGGAAGAUGAUUUCGAAUCAGAUUUACUGGUAGUAUAA